CCACUGCAGCUCCACCAGCAGCCUCAAAGUGCACUCUUCUAAACAGCUUCCAACCAGGCUUUGUGGUCCAGGGGGACUAUGUCAUCGGUGGGAUUUUCCCCAUUCAUUUUAAUCUGAAAACGCCAGACCUUAACGGCACCUACAGACCACCACCGAUGAAUUGCAAUGGCCACGGAAUUUAUCCCAGGGCUUUCCGGUGGGCUCAGAUUAUGAGACUGGCAGUGGAGGAGAUAAACCAGAAUCCAGUGCUGUUGCCGAAUCACACACUGGGCUACAGAAUCUUUGAUUCAUGUGGAUAUCCACUGACAGGACAGAGAGCUGUUUUAACGAUGCUGAAUGGAGUGAAUGAGGAAAACUCUCCUAUGUGCACAAAUGCCUCAUCACUCCUCGCUGUGAUUGGGGCUGCUGGAUCCGCUCAGUCUAUUGCUGUGUCAAGAAUCCUGCAGCCAUUCAGGAUCCCCAUGAUCAGCUACGCUUCUUCAUGUGCAU